AGCACCUCCUGGAGGGUCGACUAUGACGACAUCAAGUUCCGACAAGGCCAAAACCAGAGCGCCAAGUUAAGCAUGUUCUCAGUGAAGACAAAAGACAGUGAUUCAUCAACACAUCCCACCGACGGUCAAAACUUCGCUCUUGUUGGCGUUUAUAAGGGAGAAGUAGUGGCGGUAAAGAAAUUGAGGAUGCACAAAAUUGACGUGAAUCGACAAAUUCUGUUGGAGCUACGAGCGGUGAGAAAUAUGCACCACGAAAAUCUGACCACUUUUGUUGGCGCCUGCGUGCAACCCGGCAAGUUGUGUCUGCUGUACGACUAUUGCAAGAAAGGUAGUUUGCAGGACGUCCUGUUGUCUGAAUCACUGAAACUGGACUGGGCGUUCAAGGUUUCCUUGCUAAAGGACGUAGUCAAGGGCAUGAUGUACAUCCACCAAUCGGUGAUCAGCUACCACGGGCGUCUGACGUCAGCUAACUGCGUCGUGGAUGGCAAGUUCAGCGUCAAGGUCACGGACUUCGGACUGCCGAGUUUUCGACAAGUGGACGAGAAUGAGCUGGACAAAGAUGGCGCCACUCACUCGGAGCUGCAGAAACUAAUGUGGGUGGCACCGGAACACAUCCACAACAUGGAACGUGUGGACGGAUCCAAGAAAGGUGACGUGUACAGUUUUGGCAUCAUCAUGGAGGAGACGCUGACCAGAUCGGUGCCUUACGACACCCAGAGGGCUUUUCUGGAAGUCGAUGCCAUCAUUCAACGGGUCUGCAGUAACGAAACUCCACCUUUUAGACCGGAGAUUCUAGAGACGGAUGUUCAGGAGGGUUAUAUCACCUUGAUGGAGAGAUGCUGGGCCCAGAAUCCUGACCAGAGGCCACCUUUUGAGGCCGUUCUGAAGGUCAUUACAUCCUUCUGCGGCGGGAAAGAUGUGGCAUUGGUAGACCGACUGUUGACCCGUCUAGAAGAAUACACCAGUAACCUAGAAGACAUCGUUGAGGAAAGGACACAGCAGCUCGCCAUAGAGAAGAAGAAAUCUGAAGUUUUACUGGAUCAAAUAUUACCGAGGUCGGUGUCGGAUAAACUGAAACAAGGGGAGCCCGUGGACCCGGAGACCUACGACAUGGUGACCAUAUACUUCUCCGACAUCGUCGGCUUCACGUCGUUGUCGGCGUCCAGCAGCCCGCUCGAGGUGGUCGGCUUCCUCAAUGCCCUCUACUCCGAAUUUGACGCGACCAUUAGUCUGUUUGACGUUUACAAGGUGGAGACUAUAGGUGACGCCUACAUGGUGGUUUCCGGUCUGCCCAUCAGGAACGGUAACAACCACGUAUUGAACAUUGCCAGAUUAGCACUGGAGCUGCUCAAUGUGGUGGCCAAUUUCGUUGUGCCACAUAAGCCGGAGCAUAAACUACAGCUGCGAAUUGGGCUCCAUUCUGGCCCAGUGGUAGCGGGGGUGGUCGGGAUGAAGAUGCCACGUUACUGCCUGUUUGGGGACACGGUCAACACCGCCUCUAGGAUGGAGAGUAACGGCGCAGCCCAAAAGAUUCACAUCAGCCACAGCAGCAAGACCCUGCUGGACAAGACUGGACAUUUCCAGACCGAGCUCCGUGGGGAGGUGGAGAUGAAGGGUAAAGGAUCUCAGACAACAUACUGGCUUUUAAAAGAAAUUCACGAUGAACAGAAACACUCGUCAUCUUUGGACUGUAAAGAUAUUGACAACGAAAUGGACAAUGAAACAGACACCGAGGCACAUGAUGGAACAGAUAUUCAUCUAAACAACUCGCGUAACGCGAAGCUCACAACACACCCCCGUGAUCCACAAUGGGCAAAACAACACACAGUUUAAUUCAU